GUUCGACCCUCCUGCCCAGAUAUCCAAGAUCAACACGCACUAUUGCAGGGAACCGCAGCUGGUCGUGAUUGAGGGAUACGGGAUUCUUCAGGGUCAAAUGGAUCCAAGCCGGCUGUUGACAAAGUACUUGAAUAUUCCUUUCGCCUCGGUCCAAGACCCGAUCAAGCACGCUGUUGCACCAGAGUCAUGGGCAGGGAUCCGGGACGCAACUGUUCUUGGGUACGCCAAUGUGUCCCCAAAAGGUACAACAUGCCAACAGCCUGACGACAAUGAUGCUCGGCUUGCCAGGGCCAGGCUUUGAGUUCUCAGAACGGGAUUGCCUAAAUUUGAAUGUCUUUGCACCCCGGUAUGCAGAGGACGUGCCAGUGAUCUGCUACAUACACGGCGGAUCAAGUCAUGGAGGAAAUGCGCUUCCAAAGAAUGAUGCAACAAAUAUUGUCAAAAAGUCGAUCGCCAAAGGGACGCCUGUGGCUGUGGUGACAGUCAACUACCGCCUUUUACCAUCAGCAGGUCUUCUUGAAAGCUCACAACCACAGGAAGGGGAUCAUCCUCGGCAGGCAGAUGACAGAAUUAACUGGGGUCUAUAUGACCAAAAGAUGGCGCUGGAGUGGGUCCGCAAACACAUUCACAACUUUGGCGGCAACCCUAACGAAAUCACACUGAUGGGCCAUUCCAGUGGAGCAUCUCCUGGAGGAUACCAUUUAAUGACUGCGCAACACGAAGGCCUGUUUAAACGAGCCAUCAUGCAUUCAGUAUCCGGACCUACUGAUGCGAGCGAGCGGGGGGAUUCUACGCAGACAAUCCCUGAGCGGAGAAUGACAUUGAGCAGCCAAUUGAGUGCAGUAGCUGACCAGGGGACAAAGAGUGACAGUAAAAAGUUCACAUUCAUGUCAGACGCGUGCUUGCCACACAUGACGGAGCAAGAGAGGGCGGUAGGAUUCAAAGUGAUCGACCACUGGAUUGACUUUGCCUGGGGAGGAGGUACAGGCAAGGACAGCAUUAGUGUUAGCGCGUAGAACUACAGCGUUUUUACAUUGAUAGGUGGCAUUCAUAGCAUUCCUCGAAUAAGAUCGAGUCUAUUCGUGUCUUCGCCCAGAUUGAUUCUCCGAUCGUCGGUGGUGGCGGUGGCUGGAGGGAU